AUGGGAGAGCGGGCGAGCCCGGACAUGGGUGUGAAUGGAAUUGAUAACCCAGCGUUCGAGCACACGGAACCUGACGCCGUAGCCAUCGUCACUAACAACGCCGACAACAGCUACGUUACCGAUGCAGAGUACGUAAAAAUGGACUUGAAUCUGCUGUUUGUGGGUGGGCUGAUCGUUGCUGUGGCCGUGGAGAGAGUCAACCUGCACAAGCGCAUCGCGAUGAGAGUGCUGCUGCUAGUCGGAACCAAGCCGAGAUGGCUCAUGCUGGGAGUGAUGUGCACAACAUUCUUCCUGUCGAUGUGGAUCAGCAACACAGCGGCGACGGCGAUGAUGUUGCCGAUAGUACAGGCCGUCGUUGCUCAGCUCAUCAAGCUAGAGCAUACGCGGAAGAGAGAGGCGGAGGAACACCGCAAGCACCCGCAACCCCACGGCGACCACAUCCGCCCGCACGGGAUGCAGGGAAGCCACGGGAUGCAGGGAAGCCACGGGAAGCAGGAAAGCCACGGGAAGGCAGGGGAAUUCCACGAGACGUACCGCGUUCUCUCAAAUGUAGCAAAUCAUCGCGUAACAUUUCUGAAGUACGACAAUCCCGAAGCGGAUGUGACGUUUGCGUCGUGGUUUAUGUUUGGCGCCCCCGUGGCGCUGAUCAUGCUACUGCUGGCCUGGCUCUGUAUGCAGCUGCUCUUCCUUGGGUGGAGGACGUUCCUUUGCUGCUCUCGCCGGAAGGACGAUGACGGUUACGUUGACACUGAAUCGGCGACGGACAUCAUACGUCAAGCCUACAACAAGCUCGGUCCGCUGAGCUUCGCCGAGAUCGAGGUUCUCGUCUGCUUCGUUCUGCUCGUCAUUCUCUGGUUCAGCAGGAGUCCUAAGUUCGUCGACGGAUGGGGAUCGCUGUUCAAAUACAACGGCAAAGACCAAACUUUCUCCUGUUGCAGAGGAGAAAGGCGCGACACGUCAUCGGCGGGUCCAAAGCCGGCCAUCUUGGAUUGGAAGGCCCUGCAGGUUAAACUGCCCUGGGACGUCGUUUUCCUCAUGGGCGGAGGCUUCGCGUUGGCGAAGGGCGUACAGCAAUCGGGACUGAGCGCGUGGGUGGCGGCAGGUCUAGAUCAGCUGAGCGGCCUGCCGAACUGGGUUGUCGUUCUUGUCGUCUGCAUUCUCAUCGCUUCCAUCACAGAGGUCGCCAGUAACACAGCCACCGCCAACAUCAUGCUGCCGCUCAUGCCCAGCCUGGCGAUUACUAUGAACGUACAUCCGAUGUUCCUGCUAUAUCCGGCGACGAUCGCAGCCUCGUUCUCGUUCAUGCUUCCGGCAGCGACCCCACCCAAUGCGGUGGUGUUUGCUUCCGGCGUUCUGAAGGUUUCCGACAUGGCUAGAGCAGGAAUCUUCAUGAACAUACUCGGUGUACUGGUCGUAACCCUCAUGGUCAACACAUACGGUGUAUACGUCUUCAACUGGGGCCCUCUACCGGAUUGGGCCGCUGCAGGCCUGGCCGGAUAUGGCGCUGCCAAAAGUGCGUGCGUCUGCGAGGCACCGACAACGAUGACGAUGGCGUCGCUUAACGACACGUUGCUGGGAUCGUCGCUUAACGACACAUUUUUCUAAAUUUUCUUAAAAGAAUACGUUUACGGUACAUACGUAUUACGUAAUUAUGUAAUACGUAAGUUUUUUAUACGUAAUUAUGUAAUACGUAAGUUUUUUAUACGUAAUUAUGUAAUACGUAAGUUUUUUUAUACGUAAUUAUGUAAUAUGUAAUUUUUUAUUAGGUAAAAUGUUAUGUAACAUGUAAUUUUAAUACCUACUUAUGUCAUAUAUUUUAUAAUAAGUGAUAAUGUAAUUUUUUAAUAGAUAACUGCAUGUUAUAUGUAAUUUUCAAAUACAUGCGGACCACGAUGAACAGGUUCAGUUGUAGGAUGCGAUGGAAACGUUUGGCAGUGCCAGACGCUAGCCUAUCUCAAUGACAACGGAUAGAAUGCGUGUUCUGGCGAUGUUACGGGAACAUUCUCUCUGUAGCGGAUGCUGGCAAUAACCGCGAAAAUAUAACAGAGUACAGAACUCUAUUUAUAUUUGCAUGGAGAUUACACAUUCCUAAAUAUUUUUAUAUAUAUUUUAGUACGUUUUGGUAGCCGAGUAGCCAUAAUAUCAGGAGUUAAUAAAGACAAAUUGUCUUUAUUAACUCCUGAUAAUAUGUUACCCGAUACCAUAACUGUCAGCAUGUGCAAAACAAUGAUCGAUGCCUACUAGUGUAUACUGUGAUUAUGCCUAUGUAACGAACAUUUAAGGCACAAUAUAAGACAUACGCUCACGCGCACACGUAAUCGUAUGUGAAGACAAUUUUAUUGCUA